AUGAAGAGAGCUACAUCAAGACUCUCAAUACCCUUUCUUCCGACUCUAGGCUCUCAUAAUCAUAUUGUAAAUAGUUUAACGACUCGAGAAAAACUCGUCAAAUUGGAUGAAGAAGAGGAAUCACAAAAUGAUAACUCAGAUUUUGAAUUAAUUUCAACUCAGCCUGCAAAAUUUGUCAAAGCAAUUGAUGAUGAAGUCACACAGGCAUUAAAUUCACUUGCUCCAUCACCCAUACUAGGUCAUUCUGCAUCGACUUCGUCCCCAGUAGAAGAACAUGAAGAAGAUCCUUCUUCAGGUGAAUCUGGCGAUGAGGAUGAGCAUGGUGUCAAGAAAACACACAAAAAACGAACAAAUUUAAAAAAAUCUGCAACCGAUCAAAGCAUGAUUAGCAAGUUCUCACAUGUUCAUGACAAGGUGAAAGCAAUUGCCUCUAUUCAAUUGGCAGGCAAAUUGAGAAGAAAAGAAUUAAACCAAAAAGUCAAAUUACUGAGUGAGGCGAUAAAGACAUCCGCACAAAAUGCAGGAAUGACAACCAGAGAUUUAGAAUAUGAACAAUAUUUAAGAGAGAAAGUCGAAGUAACACCCAUAGAGGAUGAAAUUGAUCAAAAAAUCAAAUUAGAAGAUAUUCGAUUAUUAUUUGAAAAUAGUUCUGAGGAUGGUUUAACUGAAACUCAAUUUAUUGAUGGAAUGAGUCGUUUAUUGGGAGAAGGAAGAGCCAACGAUGAGUUAAAAGCACUUUUUGCAAGAAUUGAUGCCAAUGCUAAUGGUAGAAUUGAUUGGAAUGAAUUUUCAACCUAUGUACUUCUUGGUUAUGAAGGAGCUAAAAAGAUGAAACAGAAUUUGGAUGAUAAAUUAUUUGUUCAUCAAACGUUUCCAGAUGUAAAUACAAAGAGCAUGUAUCAUAAGGGAAGAAUUGUAAAGAUUUUGCAAGAUGAAAAGAGAAAUCGAUAUUAUACAGCAGGAACAGAUGGUUUAGUGAAAUCAUGGUUUUGUGAUAAUUUUUUAUACGAUCGAAAUAUUUAUUAUACACCCCAUUCAAUGAUCUCUGAUAUUGAAUAUUUAUCAGUACAUGACGAGUUGUGUAUAUGUACCAUAGAUCGAGUUGUGAAUUUUUAUGAUUUGGAUACAUUGACAGUGAGGAGAGCAUUUAAGGGAAAGUAUCAACAUUCGAGUGGAGUUGAAAAGAGUUAUGGACCAUUUGAGAGUAGUGAAAAACCAUCAUUGUCGUCUGCUUCUUCUUCGUUGAUGCCAACAACCUCCUCUCUCGACAUUUCUAUGGGUGGUAGUGUGGUACCAUUGUUGUACAACAAUGAGAGUUUUUCAGGUUCAGAUAAGAGAUUGACUUCCUCUCUACCCAAUAUUGUUAAAAAAGGUAAAGAAGUGAUUGAAAUUGUCAUGCCAGACCAUCUCAAAGAUCCAAAUCCAGUGAUUGAAACAUUGUAUCCACUCCCUCCCAAUCUCAAAAUUCACAAACAAAUUGAACAUUUGAAAAAUGAAUUGUUCACAAAACCGUUUGGUCUCAAAGACACCAUUCCAGUGACCAUUCUAGAAGAUUUCAUUGAUGCACCCACUUGUAUGACUGAUUUUUCCAAGUAUUGCAUGUCUAGACAAUCCAAACAACAAGACCACAAAUUACCCUUACUUGACCACAAAUUACCCUUACUUGCUCAAGAUUAUGUUGGAAAACCUCAAAAACAAGGAAUGGAAGUUUUCAAUCCAUGUCAUAUCAUGUUUGGAAUGGACUCGGGAUUUGUACAACUCUAUGAUUGUUCGGCACCCAUUGGACGUUCUCCAGAUUGUAUUCGACCUGAGAGGAAAUGGAAACUUCAUGACUCUUGGGUUUCUAAAAUCAUCUAUGCUCCUAGCAUUGAUUGUAUCAUUACAAGCUCUUUUGAUACGACCAUUUGUGUCACAAAUUUUGGAGAUGGAAAAAGAGGAAGACUUCUCCGUGGACACACUAAAGAAAUCUAUUCAAUGGAUUGGUGUGAAAAGUACAAACUUUUAGCAAGUUGUAGUCGUGAUAAGGAAGUUCGGUUAUGGAAUCCAUUCAUUUCCAAUCCGUUAGUAACAUUAUAUGGUCAUGAAAAACCCAUUGUCGAUGUUAAAUUUAAUUUAGAAGAUCGACAAAUUAUAACCCUCGAUACAGGAAAGACCAUCAAAGUUUGGGAUAUGAGAAAUUACAAAUUAUUACAAACCAUCAAUGAUGCAAGCAAUUCAAAGAAUCCUUGUUCCACCAUGCUCUACAAUCCUAAAAAGAGUAGUAUCAUUACAGCAAGUAACAAGUUGAAAAUGUUUCCAAUGAAACGAACCUUGACUGAUUUUGCCAAAGAUUUUAAAGGACAUCGAGCUCCUAUUACUGCUUGUCUGUAUAAUGAAACAUUGAAACAACUCAUUACGUGUGAUGAGUCUCUCGUUUGUGUUUGGGACGUGACGACAGGAAAGUUAAUUUUCAAAUUUCUAAUUCCUAACAAGAUUUCUACAGCCAUUCUCGAUGUAAUGAAACGAAGACUCAUUGUCUCGUCUCACAAUGGAGAAGUAUCUUUAUGGAAUUAUAUUAAUGGACAAAAAUUAAUGGUGUGUUUCUCACCACCACUCUCGGAUCAACUGAUUGAUUAUAGCAACAAUAACAACAAUACGAGUACAACAACAACACCCUUUUAUUCGUCAUUGGCCAGUCAUGCGACCACACCUAUCACUCAAUAUAGAUAUUCAUCGAAUCACUCGGCAACACUUUCUGAGAAUUCUCAUCAACAACAACAACACCACAGAAAAGUACAUUCCAUUUCAUCAUUGGAUUACAAAGGACUUGGAUUUGUUUACAAAGAGAGUAGAGGUAUUAAAACCAUUGUAGCAGGUGGAAAUAACAAGAAAUUAGUAUUUUGGAAGGAUUCUGAUGAUAAGGAUGCAAUUUUAGAAGAACAUGCCAUGUGUUCUCAACCUUUUGCAAGAGAUAUUAAUGUCGUACGAUGUUAUGGAGAUUAUAUUGCCAUUGGUUUAGAUAAUGGUGUGAUUUAUACAUUGGAUGAUCAAAAUGGAGAAAUUAAAGGAUCCACCAACUACAUUUCAAUACCAGAAUUAAGAUAUGACAGUUUUUAUAAACAACCACCAAAGAAUUAUACUGGAAAAGACAAGAUCAUGGAAUCUACGAAUCAUUUAUCUCAACCGACACAACAUUCAAGUAUUGAAGAUCUCUUAUUUCUUCCCAAGAAAGAUGGACUUCUCCUCUCUUCACGUGCCAAUGGUAUCAUUUCAUUUUGGGAAGUUUCCAAGAAUGCCAUUCGACACUUGUACUCAUUCAAAACUACUCCUCAAAAUGAAUUUAUUACAUGUCUAUCUACGAGUGCAAGUAAUGAAACUCUUGUUUUGGGAGACUCUAGAGGAUUUAUAUUUGUCUAUGAUUUGUCAUGUAUACCAAAAACUCGUAGUAAUAGUAGUAAUAGUAAUAGUAGUAUGGCCAAUGAACGAGCAAGUAGUAGUUUGAGUCAUACAAGUCAAGAGAGUAGUGAUUCCAAACGAUAUUCUAAAACUUGUGAAAUUGAAAAGAGACAUGUUCGUCUUGUAAAAACAUUUAAGGCUCAUACCGAAUCUGUUUCAAGUAUUGCAUACAUUUCUCCAAAUAAUUUAAUAGCAUCUUGUGGAGCUGAUUGUACAGCAGUACUUUUUGAUCUCUAUGGAAUUCCUAUUGGAUUUUUUGGACAACGAUUGGAAUGGAAACUAGGAUUGACUUUUACGUAUGGAAGACAAGAUUUUGCUCAAUUUCAAAAUGUGAUCAAUCUCGAUUUGGAUUUGUAUAAAGUGAAUGAAGAAGAUGAAGAAGGAAAUAUUUUGAGUACGAGAGGUGGAGGAGGAAAGAGUCCAAAUCCUAACCAUAACAACAACAACAACAACAAUACCUCUUCUGAACCUGCACACACCUCUUCACCUCCUUCAAGUCAUACCAAUAGUCGAAGUAGUACGAGAUGUACAACCACUUCACCACCUCCACCACUACAGUCACGUCUCUCUUUGACCAACACCAAUAUGACAUCCUCUGGUGUUGCUCUAGUAACAACAACAACCACAACCACAACAACAACUAAUACGACAGCACCACCAUCAUCCUUAAAAGCAAAAUCACCAUCUCCCACUUCACAACAUGCAUCAACAACAACACCAUCCAUGACUCAACCUGUGAUUGUGGUUGAAGGUUCGUCAUCCUCCUCUUUGAAUUCAUCUUUACCUAAAAUCAAAUCUUCCAGUAGUAGUAGUGCACAAUUGUCAUCUCCCAUGACGAUGGAUAAGACUUGUCAUCAUCAUGUUCGAUUUUCUGAAUCUCCAAUACCACUCUCAUCGACCACAACAAACACUUCUACCAUCCUUGCCACUCACUCUUCAUUGGAUCAAGGUAUGAAAUCGACAUUGAACACUCAUAUGAGUGGAUCUCAAAAGAAGAAUUUGGCAUCCUUGUUAAAACAAAAUGGUACCCAGCAGCAAGCUCUCACAACAAGUUCGAACACUACUGCCAUCACCACCAACACUACCACAACGACACCACCAAUAGUGACCAUCACUCAUUCUUCCACGAAUCAUCAUGUGGUAGUACCACCUUCUCCAACUUUGGAGCAAAAGGAACAAGAACCUCCUCGUCAGGAACAUACCAACCUCACUCAGCAGCAUCGUCAUGUUUCUGUAGCUGCAAGAUAUCAAAAAUUAAGAGAUUUAGAAAGUAAGGUUGCAGAAAUGAUUGACAAGACUUUUAAAGAACAAGGUAUUUCAGAAGGAACGACACCAAGAGAUCAAAAUGAAGCUGCUGAAUUGGCCGCUCGUGAAAAUAACAAGGCACAAGCAGAACGAAAAGCCAUUGAAAAGUUUCAAAAAACACUAUUGUGGUCUCAAGCCCAUGAAAGUAAUUGGAUUGAUCGAGUGAGAUCUCUCAUUGAUGUGGAUGAUGAUGAUUUUGAAAAAAAUAUGGAUGACUUUAUGAUUAUAUACAAGAAACAAAGUGGACAGCAAGCAGCGAGUUAUUUACUGCAUCCAUCAUCCAACAACAUGACUCAUACCAGCAACAACAGCAGCAACAGCAACAACAACAACAGUAGUAACAACAUUGUCUCAAGUAGUACUAUUGUAGUGGAGCCUACAAGUAUCAUGACCAUGAUGAAUGCUUCUCAGACUCCACCAAAACCUCCUCCUCUCUCCCUGGAUAAAUUACCUCUCAUUCACAAUAGUCAUCCCGCCAUGACCAAAACUCAUUCUCUCACAACGACAACUUCGACCCUCACUGGACACAACACGGACGAAACGAUGACACGUGCCAAGAGUGAACAAAGUGAUCGAUUUGAUAAGGACUUUGAAAAGAAGAUGAGUAGUUUAUUCUCAUCACUAGAAUUAACCCUCAAAGAAGUUGACAAACUGCUCAUUUAA